ACAUCCAAGAAGUCGUGGACUUUCGGCAAAUUCGAGGCCAGAGCUAAGCUCCCGAAAGGCAAGAACUUAUGGCCAGCCAUUUGGAUGAUGCCUAAGGCCUCCGUCUACGGCGGAUGGGCUGCGAGCGGUGAGAUCGACAUAAUGGAGGCCAGAGGUGAGAGGCCGAGGAUCACUCAGGGAACCAUUCACUACGGAGGCUCGUGGCCUAACAAUGUUUGGCACGGCUCAGGGGAAAAGGAUUUGGGCAAAGACUUCACCGCCGAUUACCACACCUUCGCGUUGGAGUGGGAGAAGAAUGAGAUCCGUUGGUACGUCGAUGGCGCCCAAUACCACUCCGAGAACAUCAAUAAGAAUAUGUGGUCCCAUAAGGGCACCAACCCCUACAACCAUAACGGCGCCCCCUUUGACCAGGAUUUCUUCUGGAUCCUCAACAUCGCCGUCGGAGGCAACUUCUUCCCGGCCGCCCAGUACGGCCCUCAAGUCACCCCCGAUGAGGCCAGAAAAUGGGAGAAGCCUACCAUGGAAAUCGAUUACGUCAGGGUUUACCAACAGAAGUAAAUUCACCCGGGCUUGUGCCACAUUCAUUAAU